AUGUCCCAGGAUUUUCGAAGGUCCUCGGUCGGCCGUCGCCUCAAGAACAGUAGCAGGGACUCGGGACGCCGCAUCCACGCAAAGUCCAAGUCAACCAUUGUCCUCGUCGAGCAUGACGAAGCCCGCAGCUUCGCUCUACGAACCGCCUACCUCCACUACCUCCUCCAGCCCAAAACGAAGCGAAAACAAUACGUCGCCGCCCCCAAGCCUCCCGCUCGCACACACACCAGCGUUGGCCAACUCGUACAGGAAUACGUGUCUGGCAGCGCGUCUACCCUCAAACUCCCCAGCAAUUUUCCCGCCGCCCUUCUAGACCGUGUUGGCGGCGUUUUGAGAGGUUCUGAGCGCUUGCCCGGCUUCAACGAUGCUGCCGUCAAGCGCAGCUUUGCAGAGGCCUAUACCGCCUUCUCUGAAAAAACCUUUCGCAAGAAUAUUGAAAAAGAACGCAAAUUCGAGCCCUUGGUUCUCAUAUUCUACUCAUCAGCCACUAAAGCUGCCCAGAAAGGUCGCGCCCCCGACGAUGACUCCUGGAAGCUUCUGCCCGAUCGUCAUUUGGCAAUGUUUGUCCGCCUCGCUGCCACCAUCCUCCGAGACCAGGGCCAUGAACGCGACAAGUCUGAAUUGCUCAACAGACUAAUCUCUCUGGAAAAUAAGCUCCUCACAAACGAUCAGGACCUCGUCAGCUCCGGUUCCGAUUCUGCAGGCACCACUAUCGAAGUUGUUGUCCCUCUGAGUUAUGAUGUAAAGGACAUGCCCAUGGUCCAAAUAGUUGCUGGCAUAUUUGGCCUCAGUCUCUCAGAGGUGCAAGCUGAAGUCAAUGAAAAGCGCAGCGUUUGGACUGAGGAAGCAGCUCUGAGAGACCUCAAGACAUAUCAGCAGCGCCUGACUUCCAACGGAUCCGGUGCUCUACGCAACGACGACUUUGAUGUUGAGGAAUCAUUUACUGAGUGGCAAAAGUCUGAAGCCCACUUUCUCUCCCAGUUGAUGCUGGAAAUCCUGACCGCGAAACCGGAACUUGCAAAAUCCUCCUCAUCUAGCGAUAAAACUCUGCCCAGUCGCCCACAAUCCAUGUACGCCGAGAACCAAGCCUAUGCCGACCUCAGUCGCGCCAUCUCCUCAAUAGAUACUUCUCUUGGAUUCGAUCCCUUGGCAUCUAUAUCCAGCAUUUCCAGCGACGCAAACAGUAUUCGGACUGUCGAAGAGAGUGGCCUGUACACGUUUAUUCCACCUGACCCGCGCGCGUUUUAUAAAUAUAUUCUCCAGCACGCCGUCGCAUUUGACCAGCUGCAUGCGGACCCUGCAAUCGACUACCAACCCCUCUCGAAACAAUCUAUAGACCUGAUGACGGAGCUUUGUGUGCGUUGGCGAUUACCUCACGCCUCGCGGUUAAUCGCUCUGCUCGAAGUUGCGGCGCGUAAGUUCCUGGAUCAGGAGAUUGUGCCCGAGGAGCUCGAUACCAUACUUGACGUUGUCAAAACCCCCCAGCCAGAGCCCAAGAAGGCGCCAUAUAUACAAAAUUACUCAUCACCUUUGACCGACAUACCACCGAGCAAAUGGACCAUCCAUGACUUUGCCGUCUAUCAAAGCACGUUUCAUUCCAUUCACGACGCUAUAUUACGAGAACUUUACGAUAUCAUGGCCCAAUGUUACGAUAGCAAGCCCCCGAACAUCGGUGCUGUCAUGUUCAUCCUCGAAAAUCACAUUUACAAGGACGAGAUAUUCACGCCGAGAGCAGAAGCAGUCACCGAAUUCACCGAAUAUCUGACUACUGCCCUACGGAACAAGGCGGUCGAGGUAUACCGCGAAAAUAUGCGCAAAGAGAUUCCAGUCGUCAAGGAAAAGUGGGAGUUUGCACAUGUUGUGAAGCUUGGCAAGACCAUCACAAAGCUUUGUGACCGCAUCCGUAAGAGGUACAAGAACAACCAAACUAUCAUGGGCAUGGAUCCUUUUGCAAUCUUGGUAGAAGAAGUUUUCCCGAAUUUUGAGAGCGAUGCUGGCGCGAUUCUCGAAUCAAUUCUUGGACAAGCAAAGGUUAGUGGUGAAGACAUUGACAUUGAAGAUGGGUUCGAGCUUUACAAGGAGCUUGUUGCUAUUCGCCGCAUCCACCAUGAAUAUCUCCCCAACAAAGCAUUCACUUUUAAUAUCGAAAAUUUGCUUGUCGAUUUUGUCUGGCGGUGGAUUCGCUCUGCCGAGGGCAAGAUGUCCGACUACGUCGACCAGGCAAUCAAACAAGACCAAUUCCAAGUCCGCACCGAGCAUGGGCAUGAUACUGAGCAGCAUUGCAUUGCGCGCGACUCAGAGAGACAUAGCGUGUCUGUUAUUGAUCUGUUCAUGCUAUUCAAUCAGACGGUUGACCAGGUGUUUAAGCUGGAGUGGGACAACGAUGAACACCAUGCUCGUUUCAUGACGGCGCUCGCCCGUAGCUUCUCCGCAGGCUUAGGCCGCUACUGCGAAGUGCUUGAGCAGAGAUUCGCCAAGGAAAUGGAUCGCCCAUCGGCCGAGCAGAUUGCGAUGCAGACCAAGUCGGCCCAAGAAAAAUGGGUGCAAUACGCCAAGGAUGCCUGGAACAACAAAGAAAAGGCGGAACCGUUCCAGUUCUUUGCCGAGUCCUUUGUUAAACUAAACAAUAUUGAGUAUGCUAUGCAGGAACUCGACAAGCUGGAAAGGAGCAUGAACUCGGAUGCUUGUGCCGAAUUGCUGGAAAAGAUUGAUGGCCCUAAGAAGCAGACACGAAGACCAAGCAAGUAUACAUUCACCAUUAAGGUUGUUGAAGCAGAGGACCUCAAGGCUUGCGAUCCAAACGGGUACAGUGACCCGUAUGUCGUCUUUGGGGACGAGUAUCAGAAGCGUCUGUACAAGACACGCAUCAUCUACAGGAACCUCAACCCACGCUGGGAUGAGUCGUUUGAGUUUACUGUGCAAGGUCCGGUGAAUCUCAUUGCCACGGUUUGGGAUCACGAUACAUUUGGAGACCACGAUUAUGUUGGCCGGACGUCGUUGAAGAUCGACCCGGCCCAUUUUGGUGACUACCUCCCGCGAGAAUUUUGGCUGGACCUGGACUCGCAAGGCCGAAUGCUUAUCCGCGUAAGCAUGGAAGGGGAGCGCGACGAUAUUCAGUUCCACUUUGGCAAGGCUUUCCGCCACCUCAAACGAGCCGAGCGAGACAUGGUGCGCAAAAUUACUGACAAGGUAUGUUGUGUGAAACACUUUACGAAUGAAAACAUGCUAACAAAAGAAAAGCUCACAAGUCAAAUCAAUUCGACGCUAUCUAUUGAAACGCUACGGGGCCUCCUGGGAUUGAAUGGUCUUGGCUCGCAGGUUACUAACCUGUGGAAGAAGCGUACAUCGACGCUUCCAGCCGUGACGCCGGCGCAAAUCGAACAUGCUCUGUCGCCGUUAUUUACCUAUUUCGACGAAAACUUUGCCAUUAUGAAACAAACGCUGACGGAUGCGACAAUGAUUGCCGUCAUGACACGACUCUGGAAAGAAGUUCUCAUGACGAUUGAGAACCUUUUGGUUCCACCAGUCUCUGACAAGCCAUCCACGCAGAAAUCUCUAGGCAGAAGAGAACUCGACAUUGUCUACCACUGGCUCGAUCUCUUGUUCGGCUUCUUCAACGCCAAAGACGAGCAAUCUGGCGAGCAGCUCGGCGUCCCAGCCGAGGUGCUCAAGUCGCCUAAGUGGCACGAGCUAGCGUCGCUCAACUUCUUUUACUUUGAAGACAGUAACAGCCUCAUUCGGGAAUCGGAGCGCAUGGCCUCGGCCACGGCGCAGCGCACGCAGCAGGCGCUCGUGAGUAACCAGCAGACGAUGCGGCACUCUGCGCCGCCGGGCUUUGGCGCGGCGCUGGGCGGGGCGGGCGCCUUUGCCAGCAUGGGCACGAUUCGGCGCGGCAAGAGCAUCAUGAUGAGCCGCAAUCUCGGCACUAUGCGGAAGGCUAAGGAGGCAAAGCGCCGCGAGACCCAAGCCGACCCCAGCGACGAUAUGAUUCUUCGCAUCCUCCGCAUGCGCCCCGAGGCUGCCAACUACCUCAAGGAGCGCCACAGGCAAAAGGAGCGCCAGGCGGCGACGGCCGCCGCCGCUCUCAUUGUAAAGAAUUCGGUCACGGCGGGCUGGAAUACGGGACUAGGGGGGAGUGCGGCCGCGAGCCACUUUGGAAGGAUGAACUUGCCUAGGCGGUGA